UAUAAAAGCUUAUGCUCCAACUUCUUCUAUACUAGUGGUUCUCAUCUGAGGAAGUAGAUUUAAGUCCAGGAAAGCUUAACAUCAUCUAUACUAAUGGUUCUCAAACAGUGUGGCAGGACCCCAGAGGGGUGCAAGAGUUGCUCAAGAAAGGCACAAAGCAUGGAGAACCUGAUCCGUCCUUCCCCCACACUUUGUUUUAUGUAUAAACUGUACAUAUGUAUUGAGUUGAAUAUUGAAUUUACUUAAAUAAAACUGCUAAUUUGGAUAGUGUUAUUUCCUUAUAAAAUGUUAAAAUAUGAAUAGACAUGAAAGUGCUAAUGGAAAUAUGCACACCAAAUAAAGAUAAUAUUUUCAUUCCUAUACUACGUUGAAUGGUAGAUGUAAAGGGGGGUCCUAAGGAUAAAAAUCUUUCAGUGCUUCUAUUCUACAUUGUUAGUCUCAAAAGUGCUACAAGAACACCUUCCUAUAUUGGUACUUGAUUGUUUACAGUAUAUUUCAAGGGAGGUUUCAGAGCUGGUCGGGAACUGCACACAAGAUAUGCCUAUUAGUUUAUUUAUUGGUUUAUUUAAAAGCAUCUGAGGAAGUAGACUUAAGUCUAUGAAAGCUCAUGCAGCCAACUUCUUUCUUUCAGUUAGUCUCAAAGGUGCUACAAGAUCUCUCUACAUACCUAUUGGUUUAUUAUUCCACCCAAAACUGUCAUGUACCUCAUUCAUUUCAGCUCCUGCUUUAAAAGAGAAACAGUGCUUGCAAUCAAAGGUAUCUCUUUAAAUAUUGGAAUAGGCACUUUAAAACAUAACUCAGUUUUCCAGUGACUGGCUUGUUUCUCUUUCCAGGCCUGAUUCUCAUAGGUUCUCAGUGGUGUCUGUCUCAAACAUCCUGGCUAUAAAUCUGCACAAGUGGGUUAGCUAUCCCUAAAUGAGGUGUGGAGAGGUAACAAACUGAAAGUUUGCACUUCAAUUGCAUUGUUGUAUCUGGAGCCAUGGCUUCCACAAGCCCAUGGAGAAGCCUUCAAAGAGAAGCAACUUGCCCCAGCUGCCAAGAUUAUUUCACAGAGCCCAUGUUUCUAGACUGUGGCCAUAACCUCUGCUUCAGAUGCGUUGCCAACAUCUGGAGCAAUCCGCAGGUGGAGAUCAGGUGCCCUCGGUGUAUGGUGAUAGUGCAGCCGGAAAACUUUAAACCCAACCUGCAGCUGGCCAGCAUGGUACAGAUAGCCAAAAUGCUGAGCAAGGAGGCAAACCAAGAGGCAGCAGGAGGAAAACGCUGUGAAAAGCACCAGGAGCCCCUAAAACUCUUCUGCAAGGAGGACAAAAGCCCCAUCUGCCUGAUAUGUGACAGGUCCAAGCAGCACCAAGAGCACCAGGUUGUUCCUAUAGUGGAGGCUGGCCAGGAAUACAAGGAUCAAAUACAUAACUAUCUGAAGAAUCUGAAGAAGGAGAGACAGCAAAUUCUGGCAUACAAAGCAGACACACAAAAUGAGAGCCAGUUUCUGCUUAAGCAAAUAAAAGCAGAGAGGGGAAAGACUAAGACAGUAUUCAGACAACUUUACCAGUUUCUGGAGGAACAUGAGAAGUUUCUGCUAGCCAAGAUGGAGGAAGUUGAGAAGGAGAUUAUGACGAAAAGGGAUGAGCACCUGGCCAAGCUGUCAGGAGAACUUCUUUCUCUUCAAAGUCUCAUCCAGGAUAUGGAGGAGAACAGUCAGCAGCUCACAAGUGAAAUCUUUCAGGAUAUUGGAAGGAUCUUGCGGAGAUGUCACAGGAGAGAGAAGUUUGAGAAGACUGUGGUUUUUCCUCCUACCCUAAAGUGGGAGAUCUGGGACUUCUGUGACUUUACUCCUUUCCUAGUAGGUGUCAUGGAACAAUUCAAAGAUUCUCUGGUAUUCGGACUUCAGUCACAAAUAGCCCAUGUAACUCUGGAUCCAGACACAGCCCAUCCCCAACUUUUCCUGUCUCAGGAUCUGAAAAGUGUACAAUACAGAAGCAAAGCUCAGGUUUUGCCCUCUCAUCCUGAGCGGUUCAACGAAUGGGAGAGUGUACUGGGGCUCAAGGGCUUUGCCACUGGCCGAUAUUUUUGGGAAGUCACUGUAGGGAGUGAGGAGGCCUGGGCUAUUGGAGUCGCCAGGAAGACUGUAAAGAGAAAAGGCGUGUUUGACUUGGGUCCUCAGGAAGGGAUUUGGGCCAUGGGGAAGUUUGAGGGGAAUUACAGGGGCAUUAAUGUCAUUGAGAACCCCGUUUUGUUCUUGGAUAGAAUGCCCAAAAGGAUCCGAAUAACUUUGAAUUGUGAGGGGGGACGGGUGGCCUUUUUCAAUGCUUCUACAGCAGCCCUGCUCUUCACUUUUCCAGCAGCCUCAUUUGCCAGACAGACUCUUCACCCAUGGUUCUGGCUGUGCAAGAAAAAAACAGGCCACACGGUCUCUCUGAGGGUGGAGACUGUCAUCAACAAAUUUGCGGCAGUGGCCACAACACAGAUGUAA